AUGGUAUCAGUUAAUUCGAUUGAAGAUGAAGCCGAGCUGCAAAAAAUGUUAUCUGCAGCAAAAGAUCCUGAUGAACGUAAAAUUAUUCGUACACGUUUAUUAGAAGUGAAAAAAACAAAUAGUGAAAAACGUGAAAACGAACGAGUUCAACGUGAGCAACGUCGAGACGACGAUAUUAAACGACGCAGUCAAGCUCAAGUUGAAGAAAAUCUUCAACGUAUGAAAAUAUUCGAAGAAACAGCAAAAAGUUUUGGUACGAAAAUUGAAACACAAGCUGAUAAGUUGAAAGAACAAGCACUUAAAGAUAAACAAGCCUAUAUUGAAAAGGAACGAAAAGCUGAAUUAGCACGUAUUGAAACAGCAGCUAAACAACAUUUAUCAGCAAGUAUAGGUGAAGAUCGGAAUGAAGCCUUCACAAAACAACGCCAACAAUGGGCUGUUGAAGAUAAAAAAGUUGAAGAUAAAAAUCUCAAAGAUCUGUCAAAAUUUACCUCAAAUACAAUGUCUAAACAAUAA